AUGAAGCUCUCCAACGUCUUAUCAAUGGCUUUGGCCAGUACCACCGGCGCAAAGAGCAUAGGGAAGCCUAAUGAAGUAGAUUCUCUGGCUGCCGAGAGUCUACAUCGAAUGCAGACCUACUACUCGGAAAACCCAUUACCCAGCCCGGGAACAUGCACACUGGAUAACGUAGCCGUUCGUCGAGAUUGGUCAGCAUUAAGCAAACAGGAAAGACGCAGCUACAUCAAAGCCGUAAAAUGUCUAGCAAAACUACCCGCGAAGACACCGGCCGCCAUCGCUUCAGGAGCAAAGAGCCGAUACGAUGACAUAGUCGUAACUCAUAUCCAACAAGCGUUCACAAUCCAUGGCACGGCAAACUUCUUGACAUGGCACCGAUACUAUACUUGGGCUUUUGAACAGAUGCUGCGGAAUGAAUGCGGUUAUAAAGGGUACCAGCCUUAUUACAACUGGGACCAAUGGGCAGACAACCCAAAAGCCUCACCCUUCUUCGACGGCAGCGACACCAGCAUGUCAGGAGACGGCGCAUACAUCGCGAACAGAACUUCAGUCUGCUUCCCAUCAAUCGAACAGUGCUACAUCCAGCUACAGCCCGGAAGUGGAGGCGGCUGCGUAACCUCCGGUCCGUUCAAAGACUGGACAAUAAACCUCGGCCCCCUCGCCGCCGUCUCCCUCCCCCCUCCGACCCCCAACCCCCAACCCAACGGUCUAGGCUACAACCCGCGCUGCCUCUCCCGCGACAUCUCGCUCCAAUCCUCCGCCGAAACCCGGGACUCCGUCGUCGCCGCCCUAAUCAAAGACAACACCACCAUCACAUCCUUCCAAACCGUGCUCGGCGGCGAAUUCGCCCAAGGCAAAAUGGGCCCCCACGUCGGCGGUCACAAUACGAUUGGCGGUGACGCAGGCUCCGAUUUUAUUAAUUCGCCUGCGGAUCCGGCGUUCUUUGCGCAUCAUGCUAUGGUGGAUCGCGUGUAUUGGACGUGGCAGAAUUUGGAUUUGGAGGCGAGGAAGGAGGCGAUUGCGGGGGGGACGAGUGGGGUGGGGGAUGGAGGGGAGCCAGGGACGUUGGAGGAUGUUAUUACACUGGGGGAGUGGGUUGGAGUGGGGAAUGUGACGAUUAGGGGGGCGAUGAGUACGGUUGGGGGGCCGUUAUGCUAUGUUUAUGCUUAG